AUGGGACAUUGUCCCGUUUUUUCCAUAGGGUCACCAACGCCUCCUACAAACAAGGCAGAAGUAGAGCUAAUUGUGAGCAAGAACGAAGUUUCUAUUGAUGUGAAAAAUUUUCUUGACCAGGUGCUGAAGAAGCACAGAGCGAACUCGGUUGUGUUCAUCUCAUUCGGAACUGUCUGGUGGUCUGCAGAGCCAGAGAAAAUAUGGACUAUCUUAGAUGUCCUCAUCGAACGAGGCAUUCCAUUCCUUUUCAGUCACGCUUCUCCUAUAGGCGUCAUCCCCGAUGAAGUUUCUGCAAGGAUUGAAGCUUCCGGCCUGGGUUAUACGGCCAAAUGGCUUCCCCAGCAGAUGAUCCUGCAGCAUGAAGCAUGCGGUUGGUUCAUGUUGCAUUGUGGACACAACUCUGUGAUGGAGUCACUCACUGCUGGUGUUCCUCUCAUUUGUUGGCCAUAUGAUGCAGAUCAACCUAUGAAUGCGGCGAACAUCGCAUUUGUCCACAAAGCAGGCUACGAACUGUUCGAGGUUCGCAAUGGUCAAGGUCUCAGACCUGUCCAUCGUCUUGGAGAUAAGGCACCGGAGGGUACACUCGACGCCGUGCGACGUGAAGUGACGGAAGUGUUGACAAAAGCACAAAGUGAGGACGGCCAGAAAAGGCGUGCAAAGGCACAAUGGUUUAGCCGUGAGUUUUCACGGAGUUGGGAGCUCGGAGGGCUGGCAUGGGUGGAAUUGGGUCGUCUUCUUGAGGUACUUGCAUGA